UAUUAUAAAUGAGCCAACGACAGAGCACGCCCGUCAUCUUCAUCUUCCCUCCCCCUGCUCCAAAUCUCCACCUCAUCAAACACACUGAAAGAGAGAGAGAUGGAGUUUUCUGAAAUAUAACUCUCUGACCUUCUAGUCAUAUCACAAACAAAUCUCUCACAUUCGCUUUUCCUCAUCGAAACAUUCUCUUUCUUCUUCUUAUUCGUCUUCUUUUUCUUUAUGGGUUGUCGAGAUGUUCUGUUGACUUUCUCUGUGGCUCUCUUGCUCAUCUUUCUGUUCCAGGUCUGGCUUUUCCGGGAAGGACAAGUCCGGGAACUGUCUGAAGACAACCACCUCGGAAGAGACAGAAACACUCUUGUCUCCAAGAACAAGAAGGACGACGAUGAUGUUCAACGGCUCUUUCAAAGGUAUUUCAAGGGAUCAUCUUUUGGUCUAAACAACAACAGUAGCACUCGGUUUGAAGAUUCUGAUAGAAAGAUCCCUAGUUCCCCUGAUCCCCUCCACAAUUAGUUAGUUACUUUAGCUUCUUCUAUUCUUUUAUUUUCUUUUCAACUCUUAAUUAUUGUCCAAAACAAUCCUUAUAUUCACCUCACUUUCUUUGUAUGUAUUUCUUAAAUGGGGCCAUUUUCUGUUUAUCAUUA